AUGAAGGAUGUUGUGAUUGCUGAAAUCCCGAAGAUGCAAACCACAACUUUGUUACUUGUGAUCCAAAGAUUUUUUCCUUUGGUUGGUUUAAUUCCUGAUGUGAUGUUGGCUUGGGUACCUAUUGAAUAUGUUAUUAUCAAAGGCUACAGGGAAAUUCCAAAUUCUGGUGUUCGUGAAAUUCCCACCUCUUUGCAAGUAGUUCUUGAAACUGUUGAUAUUCCAAAAAAAGUAGAAAAAAGAGAAAUGAAAGCAACUGCUGGUGUCUUAAAGAAACCGAAGCAACAAAGAGAGCCAAAGUAUAAACAAGUUGUGAUUGAUGAAGAUUCGGAUGAUCAUACUCACAAUAAUGUUAUGGGUGAGGAAACUUUCUUAAAUGAAGAUGAUAUUGCACAUACUUCCGAAGUCCCUUCAAAGAAAUCUGAACUGAUUGCAACAAUUACAACUAUGAAGGUCUCUAUUCCACCAACUUCAUCUGUUAAAACUCCACUAGAGUCAGAUGUUUAUGAAAAUAUAUUGAAAGAGCACAUCAUCAAUAUUUCACAAACUCCACCAGAGUCGGAACCUACAUCGACUUCUAUUCCUCCUUUGUCUCCAGCUUCUGAUGAAUAUUUUAUUGUUGGUGAUGAACCUGCAUCACUUGAUGAUUUUUCUAUUCCUAAUUUCAAUUUAGAAUUGAAAGUGACGAUGAUGUUGGUUUAUCUGCUCCAAUAA